AUGGCCCCUGUCGCAAUUGUUACUGGUGCCUGCUCCGGGAUUGGGCUCGCCAUGUCCAAGGAGCUCAUCAAUCGAGGCUACAAGGUCUUCAUGGGUGACAUCAACCCCAAAGGUGGCGAGGUAGUCGAUGCCUUGGCCCGCCCGUCCGCUGUCCCUGCGCCCACCUUCGCUCACGGGAACGUUGCCUCCUUCGAGGACCAGGCCCAUCUCUUUGAAACUGCCUAUUCCUUCGCCCAGCACAUCGACGUCUUCCUGGCCAAUGCAGGCGUGGAUGACCGGGAGGAUCUUCUCGCCGAGCCUGUCGAUCCCACAUUUGCCGCCAAGCCAACGCCAUACAAUGCAACCACGGCCGACAUCAAUCUGGGCGCUGUUCUCCAGGGAUUUAAGCUUAUGGUGCACUAUAGUCGCCGUGCCGAAUACGAUGCAAAGGCCGCGUGCUCCACGCCUCCCCCACUUGGCCGCAUGGUCGUCACUUCGUCAACUUUCGGACUGUAUCCGUUUCCCACGAAUCCUGUCUAUGCUGCUACCAAGCACGCCACGAGAGGACUUGUCCAGAGUCUUGGUCGCCGCGCCCAGAAGGAAGCAAACUUCACACUGAACGCCAUCUUGCCAGCUUUCGUGCCAACGGGCUUAGCGCCUGAGGGAUUGGUGGCGCAAAUCAGAGACAGGGGUUACAUCACGGAGAUGGAUACUGUGUUAAAGGCUCUGGGCUUGUUCCUGGGCGAGACUGCGGAGCUGCCGAAUGGCGUUCAGAGAAUCGAGGUACCUGCCGCACUUGGUGAUGGGCCUCUCACUGGAGAGUGUGCGGAAGUCAGCAUGGCUGAGGUUUACUUGCGCGGCUCUGUUCCGUUUGCCAAUGACAGCCAACGAUGGUUCUCGGAGGACCCCGAUGGCCUAUGGUGGGAAGGAUAUCGUCAGAAGAGAGCGGCUGAUGGAAAGUGA